UCUCUGGGUCUUAAGCGCCAGCGAAAUUUAGGACUAACAACAUAUAUAGCAGAACUCGGAGAAGCAGAAGCUAAAGAUUUUACAAUAUCUUUUAUUAUUAUUAUUAUUAUUAUAUUUUUGUUAAAUAUAAUUUGUAUUGAUUGGAAAGCAAACAACCUAUAAAAGCUUCAAGCUUAACCAGAAACCAGAGAAAAAAAAAAAGUGUAAAAAAAAGGGUGACGGAGAGUGAUUGUUUUUCUUGGCGAUUGAACCCGGAUCCGACAUCGUCGGACCCACCCAUUCACCAACUUUCCUACCACCCGCCGUUCUAUUCUCCCUCUCCCUCUUUCAGUGUUUCUGUUUCUUUUGGGUGUUUAUUUGCAGAAAGAGGGAGAGAUCCUUUAACCUUUUCUCUUCUUUCUUCUUCAGUGAGCAGAGGAUCUCUCUCGCUCUCUAUUAGUUUUCAACUUUUUCAACAGGGUUUCUGUAACCAAGUAGCUAGCUAUAAUGGGAGGCUGUUAUUCUACUCCACCCAAAAAAAUUGAAGUGCACAAGAAGAAACACCAUCACCGAUCUGGCAAACGCCGCGUGAAGAUAUUUAGAUCUCAUGAUGGAAGUAAGAAAAGGAAUGGUGAUACUGGACGUGUGACAGAUUUUGCUUUGAGUCAAUUUGUCCAUAUGGAUUUUGACGAUGGUCAAACUCCUAGCAUCGUCAAAUCCAGUGCCUUGAAUUCAGCAUAUCAUCUUACCCAGAUGCAAUGGCACCUCAGCCAAGUGAACUCUGAUGGAGUUUGCCAAGAGGAAGCUUGGUUUGAUUCAGUCAGUAUUCUAGAAUCUGAAUCUGAUGAUGAAUUCAGUAGUGUGCUUGGAGACCGGUUUUCAUCAGUAGGUACUUCCAUUGGAAACAUUUCUGGUGGACAAGUGCUUCAGUAUGAAAGUUCUUCAUGCUUCAUGGACGGAAGGGGUAAAUAUGAAGAAUACCAUCAAAGUUACGUGAAAAUAGAUGGAAAUAAGAUGGGCAUAAAUGAAUAUAAGGAAUCAAAAGGGUUCACACUUACUGGUACCCAAGCUUAUGAGCUUUCAUGCAUGGGGAUGGCUGAGGAGAACAGAAGAAACAAAAUGUUGGAUAAUUAUGGAAGCUUCAAAGCUCUAAAAGAAGAUAGAUGCGACUCACAAGGGAAUACCUUAAAAUCUGGCAUAGCUCGGUUGGUUCCUACUGUAAGUUUCAAUGACAAGGUUAUAAGUGCUUCAACUCAAAAAACAAAAUUAGCAGUUUUCAGGCUCUCUUUUAAGAGGAAAUCAUGCGAUGCAGAAGAAACCAAUGAAUGUUGCGCAUCAAAAAGAUUCUUGUAUCGUCCGAAAGCAGGAUAUAUCAUUCCACGUGGCAUGGGAGAAAAGACAACUACAGGAUGUUGGUCUGAGAUUCCUCCCUCCAAUUUUAAACUCCGUGGCGAGACCUAUUUCAAAGAUAAGAGGAAAUGCCCUGCUCAAAAUUGCAGUCCAUAUACCCCAAUUGGUGUUGAUUUGUUUAUCUGCCCAAGAAAGGUUAAUCACAUUGCACAAUGCCUGGAGCUUCCUAAUGUCAAAGCUGAAGGCAAAAUCCCUUCUCUUCUAAUUGUAAAUAUCCAGUUGCCUACUUAUCCUGCUGCGAUGUUCCUUGGUGAUAGUGACGGGGAAGGGAUGAGUCUUGUACUGUACUUUAAGGUUUCUGAGAAUUGGGAAAAAGAAAUUUCUUCUCAAUGUCAGGAAAAUAUUAAGAAACUGGUCGAGGAUGAGAUGGAAAAAGUUAAAGGGUUUGCAAAAGAAUCAAAUAUUCCUUUCAGAGAAAGACUAAAGAUCAUGGCUGGUUUAGUCAAUCCUGAAGAUCUGAAUUUAAGUUCUGCCGAAAAGAAGCUUGUUAACGCUUAUAAUGAAAAACCAGUCCUUUCUCGUCCGCAACAUGAAUUUUAUAAGGGCCCUAAUUAUUUUGAGAUUGAUCUAGAUAUUCAUCGAUUCAGCUACAUAUCAAGAAAGGGACUUGAGUCAUUUCGAGAUCGUCUUAAAAAUGGAGUCCUUGAUCUUGGUUUAACUAUCCAGGCACAAAAACAAGACGAACUUCCAGAGAAAGUGUUAUGCUGUUUGAGACUGAACAAGAUUGAUUUCGUUGACCAUGGUCAAAUACCCACACUUAUGACUCCUGAAGACAGUUGAUAUGUAUUUAUGAAGAGUAGGACAGUUGAAAGGUAAAGAAAAUCCAUGUAAUGAAGAAGAUGCACAUUCUGAGAAACUCAUGGAAAGGAAUUCUGCAAUUAGUGGAUGAGAGGAAGAAGGCACUCCUUAAUUCCCAAUUUUGGAAUUCAAAUAUGUAGAUGUUAUUCAAUUAUGUUCUUUUUUGCUUGUUAACAAGUAUAUUCUUUUCCAAAAUUUUAAUUGAUAAAAAAAAAAAAAAAAA